GUCCCAAAUGGCGUGCUCUUUCGUCGUCGUAUUUGUCUUGCUAAGUUGGACUUCUGGUAGCCCUGUUUAUAAAAACCACGAGGAAACAAAGGAGUCCUAUUUUUUUCCUAAAGAGGUGUAUAUCGAUGUCCUUAUUCUUCAGACUUCCCCCAAUUACUCUUGAUCAAUAAUAUAUUUACGUCGUAAGUGUCAUUUUUCCCAACAAGGUCGUGGAUUUCACUGCUCACAUCAGCGAAGCCGGGGAAGAAUACGACGAGAAGAUCGAGGUAGACCCAAACAAGCGAACAGAAUAUAUUGUCAUUCACCGUCCCAGGCAGUCCCAAGAAAAUGGAGUACUUUUUAUUCGUCAUAUUCGUGUUGUUAAGUUCUACUUCUGGUAACCCUGUUUACAAAAGGCACGACGAAAGAAAGGAGUCCCACAUUUCCCCUCAAAAGGUUGUGGAUCUCACUGCUCACGUUGGGGAGGCCGGGCAAGAAUACAACGAGAACAUGGAGGUAGACCCAAACAAGCGAACAGAAUUGUUUGAAGUUGCCGCUCACCCUGGAGUGGAUCGCAGUGACGCCUUACAUGAUUUCAAGCCAGCAUCAAUUUCGUGGUCACAGGAUGUUGAAGAUUUACCGCAGAAAAGAGAAAAACGUCAGUACUGCCUUUGCGGUGUGCAUAGUUGGCGGUGCUGUAGAUCGUACGAAAAGGUUAGUCAAUUAUGCGUAGAGAAUAAUCAAUCAUAUAUUCUCACCAGGCCCCGAAAAUCUAAAUCUGGGUUCCAAUGCUUUUCUUUUGAACAUUUUAGUGUGUCUCAUGUCUUAGUGUUUUUUUAUAUUAUCGUCGCAUAUUUGACAUCAGGAAUUCCAAUACUCCUUCGCUUGUCGCUUCAUGCUGCAUAGAAACCUAGAUAAGCGCCGGCUUAUGGUAAUCUUUUGCAUAUCUCGAACAUGACCAAAAAUCCGUCGUUAACGAAUGAUUUGGCAAUUGUUUGAUAUCAUUAUUG